AUGAGCAGAUCUAAAAAACCACCUCAGGACGAGGAGGACCACAGAAAACCACCUCAGAACGAGGAGGACCACAGAAAACCACCUCAGAAUGAGGAAGACCACAGAAAACCACCUCAGGACGAGGAGGACCAAAGAGAAAGACAUCCGGAAGAGCAACACAACGCAUUAGAGAAAAAGGAACCAAACGUGACUCAUCAUGGUCUCUAUAAUCAGGGAGCUACAUGUUACCUCAACACUAUCCUGCAGGUUCUCUACAUGACACCAGAGUUCAACAGCAGGUUGGGUACAGAAUCACCAGAUGAUCGUGAGCUGAGAAAAAUCUUUGAAGGCCUGAAGGAAAAUACUUGUGGAACAGGAAACAUCACAAGGCUUCUGGAGAUUAAAGAUGUUUAUCAGCAGCGUGAUGCACCAGAAUGCCUGGAGAUGAUUUUACGUAAAGUCAGCCCAAAGGCCUCUGAGGUUUUCCAAGGAGAGGUGAGAUACACAACAAAAUGCUCCCAAGGCCACAUCAUCAAUGAAGAGACAAAUCCAUUCUGGACUCUUCCACUGUCACUGAAAGACACUUAUGGUACACUCUACGACGUGGAAAGUAGCUUCCAAAUGACUUUCCAGAAAGAAGACUUGAAAGGAAACAAUGUGUACUGCAAAGAAUGUCAAAAGAAAACAGAUGCAACAAAAGAAUGUGAGAUGGUGAAAGAUCCUCAGAUUUUGGCUUUACUCCUCAAGAGAUUUGACUACAACACCAUGUCAUAUGUCAAAUCACACUGCUUUGUGAAAGUGCCACGAGAACUCCAGACGAAGAACAAGGAGUACAGUCUGUAUGGGAUGGUGAAUCACAUGGGCAGUCUCAGUGGUGGACAUUACACAGCCACCAUCCUGUCUAAUGAGGACCAAACCUGGUAUGAGUUUAAUGAUGCUCAAGUUAGAGAGGCUCAAGAACCACCACACAGAUGA